AUUGUUCUUGUCUUAGACAGCUGCUCAGGAAGCAAUUCUGCAUGCAUCUGGAAAUGACUCAUCUAAGGACUACUGCAUGCUCUAUAACCCUAAUUGGACAACUCUUCCAACUACUCUAGAAAAUUCAACUUCCAUGAGUUUGGUGAAUCUGACUACCACACCACUGUGCAAGCCUUCUGAUCUUCCUCCUGGUGGGAUAAAGGACACAGCAGUUGUGGUGCAGUGGGGAAACUGCAAUUACCUUGAAAAGGCCAGAAUCGCACAGAGCGCAGGUGCUCAAGCUUUGAUGGUUGCCAAUAGCAGUGUCCGAUAUUCUCCUGAAGGGAACAAAUCUGCAUUUCAUGAUGUCAAAAUACUCAUUGCAUUUAUAAACCAUAAAGACGCCAAAGAUAUGAACCAGGUACUUGGAAGCAAUAUUACUGUGAAGAUGUAUUCUCCACCACUGCCAAACUUUGACUACACUCUGAUAGUUAUCUUUGCCAUUGCCGUGUUUACUGUGGCAUUAGGAGGUUACUGGAGUGGGGUAAUUGAAUUAGAAAGUUUGAAGGCAGUGACAAACAUUGAAGAUAGAGAUGUGAGAAAGAAAAAGGAGGAAUAUUUAACUUUUAGUCCUCUUACAGUUGUAAUAUUUGUGGUCAUCUGCUGUGUCAUGAUGGUCUUACUUUAUUUCUUCUACAAAUGGUUGGUUUAUGUUAUGAUAGCAAUAUUCUGCAUAGCAUCAGUAACAAGUCUGUACAACUGUCUUGCUGCAUUAAUCCAUAAGAUUCCAUGUGGACAAUGCAAGUUUGUGUGUCGUGGCAAAAGCAUUGAAGUGAGACUUAUUUUUCUCUUUGGAUUAUGCAUAGCAAUAGCUGCUGUUUGGGCUGUGUUUCGAAAUGAAGAUAGGUGGGCUUGGAUUUUGCAAGAUAUCUUGGGGAUUGCUUUCUGUCUGAAUUUAAUUAAAACACUGAAGUUACCCAACUUCAAGUCAUGUGUGAUACUUCUAGGCCUUCUCCUCCUCUAUGAUGUUUUUUUUGUAUUCAUAACACCGUUCAUCACAAAGAAUGGCGAGAGUAUCAUGGUUGAACUUGCAGCAGGACCUUUUGGAAAUAAUGAAAAGAAUGAUGGAAACUUUGUGGAAGCCUCUGCUCAGCCCUCAGCUCCCCAUGAGAAAUUACCAGUUGUCAUCAGGGUCCCAAAGCUGAUAUCUUUCUCAGUCAUGAGCGUAUGCCUCAUGCCAGUGUCAGUAUUGGGUUUUGGCGACAUUAUUGUACCAGGUCUAUUGAUUGCGUACUGUAGAAGAUUUGAUGUUCAGAUUGGUUCUUCUAUAUAUUAUGUUUCAUCAAUAAUUGCCUAUGCGGUGGGCAUGAUACUGACAUUUGUUGUCCUGGUGCUGAUGAAAAAGGGGCAACCUGCUCUCCUCUACUUGGUACCUUGUACUCUUAUUACUGCCUCAAUUGUUGCAUGGAGACGUAAGGAAAUGAAGAAGUUCUGGAAAGGUAGCAGCUACCAGGUGAUGGACCAUCUGGACUAUGCAACGAACGAAGAAAGCCAAGUGGUUGCUGGUGAGCAGACAGUGCAACAGUGAAGUCGAAGGGACUUGCAAUGAUUGCCAUUCAUUUGCUACACAGAGUUUGACUUUUCAGACUGCUUUCUGAACUGACAAUCUCUAAGAAUCUUCAGUGAUGUGUUUGCAGAUAGAUCCUUUUAUGAACUGGUACUGGCAGAUUACAGCAUAAACAAUUACAAUGCAUUUGCUUUUAACUACUUUAUACUUGUGCCUUCACAUUAAAUAAAAGCAUAUGUUCUGAGUAAUUUUCAACAUAUGAGCAUAUUAUAUGCAGUAUAUUUUUCUGAAAAAAAAAUUGGGGAGCCUACCCUUGUACUUUUCUGAUGAAAUUUGUUGCAUUUAGCUCUAACAUUAGAUGGAAGUAUUUCUGUCAAAGUAUUUUUUAAACACAUUUAACUGUUAAAGAAUUAUGCCAAUGUAUCUGCUCUGUAAAAAUAACUGUUAAGAACACCCGUGAGGGCAAUUCAGCAGUGUUAUGAACAUUUGGACCUCUAUAUCACUGCAAAGAUUAGAAGUAAAUGAUUUGAAACUAUAACUAUUUGUAGCUUAACUAAAAGCCCUGAUUCUUUUUUAAAUUGAGGGUCUAGAUUACUUUGGAUUGUGUAUGUAUUAUAUUAAAAAUAUUUUUUCAGGUAUAGAGAAACAUACUACAUAGAAUAAUCAUAAGAGGACAGAAAAAUUUAGACCCCCCUUUUCCAAUGGUGUGUCAAUUCCCUAAAGAUAUAUCCUAAAUUUCUAUAUUCAUGUUCAAUUUUACUAUGAUUGUUCUUGCACUUUGAAAUUUGACCCUGUUGUUGUCAAGGUUUGGUAUUUUAAAAUUACUUUUCUUAUCAAUUUAAGUAUUAAUAAAUAUGACUCAUUGUUUGUGCCAUAA